AUGGCUGGGCAAGAGCCCCAACCGCCUCGCUGGGUAACGCCACCUAAGCGUCUUGUAGCUCCUCUUUUUUCUCCGAUGCUCUCCGACUGGCGUCAACUAAAUGACGUUCAGCGUCCGUCCACUCCCCGCAACACACAUCCGGUUGAUUCGCCGUUCUCUUCGCGCGCAACCCCAUCGCCUUCCAUGCGCGCCACCACGGCCAGCUCUAACAAGCAUCUAAUUGAUCCAACAUUCCCUCCGCGCGCAACCCCAUCACCCUUCACGCACACCACGACGACUGGUUCCAACAUAGGAACACCAAAACAAACAACGCAAUGUUCCCAGAGCAAAAGCCUAGCAGCGAUGCCAUGGUCUGCUCUCCCUACGCCCCCACCUAGCCCCAAACCGGAAAGCAACCGCCGUAGUAUGGCGCUGCAACCGCCUACGAUUCGUGUCCCAACAUGUCCUCCUACGAACACUCUCCGCAAUACCAAAUCGAUUAUCCCCCCAGGGUCCUGGGUGGUCGUCCCGGAAGAAGGGCGCGUCUGCCAGCUGCGCAACGACGAGGAACUGAAGGACUCGAUCUGCACAGACAGGGUAGACAAAACUACUCUCGCAGCGCUGGCAAACGGUCAGAUCAUUGUGGUAGAACGCGAACUUUUUAAGAAAAAACUGGCGUUUUACCCACUACUGGACCUGUCGGUCGGGUGUUCUGACGGUCGGGAGACGGGGUGUCUGCUCAUCCGGCGCGACUAUGGAGAGAACGUGACGGACGGCCCGCAAGCGAUGACACUGCUACUGAUUGACAGGUCCAAAAACCGCAGAAUACGCUACCGGGUCGACCUGACGAGAAAAUUUUGGGUCGACUUUAACGCGGUUGAAGUAUACCACUAUGAAGACAAGUCGCGUAUAGAUAUCGGCAAAAAUGUUCUUGAUGCCAUCAUAGCAGAGGCUGAAUUGCUCGCACCUGGUCGGUCGAAGGAGCCGUGGAUGGCUGGCGCGACUCAAGGAAAAUAUAAGGACGGACGAUUCCAACCAGGACAACUUUCUCCGGGAACAGUUGCCAGGUUGUUUGAGGAACCGGAGGUCCCGAUCGAUUCCAUGAUUCGCAAACAAGUCGACGUAGAUAAGUUUUUCGGCCGUCCCAUCCUCGUGACAGAGGUUCAUGAGGAUGGAAGCGUCUCGUUUCUCCCCAUAACAACGUGCCGAGGGCGCGACCCACGAGCAAAGACUCGAGUGCUUAAAGAAAGGUUCAUGAUGUUCCACCGCAAGAACGUUAAAAAGGAGGGGUUUCAGGUGAUAAAUUACGACCCCAAAUACGACGAGCUGUCUCAAUUAAGCUGGCUGAAGAUCGAAACUACCUUUCGAAUCGAACAAAAGUACCUUCGCUAUAACCUCUUCAACCAUGAUCCUGUGGAUAUUCGUGUUAGUAAGGAGUCGUUUGCUUUGAUCCAAAAAGAAAACAAAAGAGUCGAGAGCUCACCGAAAGUCUGCCGCGAGGCGACGGGACCAAGUGCGCACCGUUGGAUUCCUGGAGAGAUCGGACGCAUCCAUCCAAAUCUUCCGCCUGACUCCUUUCUGUACAGACUCAAAAACAAACCCAUUCUUAUCAUGGGCGAGAGAAAUGGGUGCAUCCAAGGAUAUGAAGUUUGUCUCUUUGGAGAUGACAGUGUCGAUCAGCGUUACAAAAGAGACCCAUGGAAAUAUGUUCGGCGCUUAGCCAUCGAGGGCAAUUGCAGUCAUAGCCACGGCGGAACGCCACUGCUAAAGCUACACGUCGGCUCCUUACAAAUGCCUCAAAUAGCAUACGUAAACGUGGAACGGCUGUUGCACAUUGAGGCAAACAAUACUUUGCGCUGGAGCAAGACACCAGUGCGGUUGGCGGAGUCUGCGCUUCAGGAGAUCAGAUCCUGGCCAUAUGCCAAAAAGUAG